ACUGAAAACUGCCUUCAACAGGAAGGAUAUGAGCAUAGAGGGAACCGGGUUCAGGGCAGGUUGAACAACCAUGCUCAGGACAGAAACAGCCUGAAAAAAAAAAGAAACAAUCCUUUCCACCCCAACAUACUAACACCAGUGCCAGGACCGGCCUCGACCAUCAAAGAGCCUUUCAGAAUUGGCACUCACAAAACCUGAUAGAACAUCUUCGAGCAAAUGAAGAUACUCCUAAAGCAGUUUCAGAAGAGAAUUUGUUUAAAGAAGCCUGUGAGAAACACUUACAAGAUUUGGAGAUGAUUGCUGAUGAUAAUACAGAAGAUUCUACAGCAAGAUUGAAUACACAAAAUCCUGAAGCUAUGAAUGUCAGCAGGUCCGAGGAGCAGUUCCAUGCUGUAAACCACGCAGAGCAAACUCUUCACAAAAUGGAGAACUACCUGAAAGAGGAACAGCUGUGUGAUGUAUUACUUAUUGCUGGACACCUCCGAAUCCCAGCCCAUCGGUUGGUUCUCAGCGCAGUGUCUGAUUAUUUCGCUGCAAUGUUUACUAAUGAUGUGCUUGAAGCCAAACAAGAAGAGGUCAGGAUGGAAGGAAUUGAUCCUAAUGCACUUAAUUCCUUGGUGCAGUAUGCUUACACAGGUGUCCUACAGCUAAAAGAAGAUACUAUUGAAAAUUUGCUGGCUGCAGCUUGUCUCUUGCAGCUGACUCAAGUCAUUGAAGUCUGCUCCAAUUUUCUCAUAAAGCAGCUCCAUCCUUCAAACUGUUUAGGGAUUCGGUCAUUUGGAGAUGCCCAGGGUUGUACAGAGCUCUUAAGUGUGGCACAUAAUUACACAAUGGAACACUUCAUUGAGGUAAUAAAGAACCAAGAAUUCCUCCUGCUUCCAGCUAAUGAAAUUUCAAAACUUCUGUGCAGUGAUGACAUUAAUGUGCCUGAUGAAGAAACAUUAUUCCAUGCUCUGAUGCACUGGGUGGGGCAUGAUGUGCAGGCUAGACAACAGGACCUAGCGAUGUUGCUUUCUUAUAUCAGGCUGCCAUUACUUCCACCACAGUUACUGGUGGAUCUUGAAAAUAGCUCCAUGUUUACUGGUGAUCUUGAAUGUCAGAAGCUCCUAAUGGAAGCUAUGAAGUAUCAUCUCUUACCUGAGAAAAGACCUAUGAUGCAAAGCCCUCGGACAAAGCCUAGAAAAUCAACUGUAGGGGCACUUUAUGCUGUGGGAGGCAUGGAUUCUAUGAAAGGUACCACUACAAUUGAAAAGUAUGAUCUCAGAACCAACAGCUGGCUACAUAUUGGCACCAUGAGUGGCCAUAGGCUUCAGUUUGGAGUUGCAGUUAUUGAUAAUAAGCUCUAUGUCGUGGGAGGAAGAGAUGGUUUAAAAACUUUGAAUACUGUGGAAUGUUUUAAUCCAGUUGGCAAAAUCUGGACUGUGAUGCCUCCCAUGUCAACACAUAGGCAUGGCUUAGGUGUAGCCACACUUGAAGGACCAAUGUAUGCUGUAGGUGGUCAUGAUGGAUGGAGUUAUCUAAAUACUGUAGAAAGAUGGGACCCUGAGGGACAUCAGUGGAAUUAUGUGGCCAGUAUGUCAACUCCCAGAAGCACAGUUGGCGUUGUUGCAUUAAAUAAUAAGCUAUAUGCUAUUGGUGGUCGUGAUGGAAGUUCCUGCCUCAGAUCAAUGGAAUACUUUGACCCACACACUAACAAGUGGAGUUUAUGUGCUUCAAUGUCCAAAAGACGUGGAGGUGUGGGAGUUGCAGCAUACAAUGGAUUCUUAUAUGUUGCUGGGGGUCAUGAUGCCCCUGUUUCUACCCAUUGCUCCAGACUUUCUGGCUGUGUGGAACGGUAUGAUCCAAAAAAUAAUUCAUGGUCAACUGUGGCACCUCUGAGUGUUCCUCGAGAUGGUGUUGCUGUAUGUUCCCUUGGAGACAAACUCUAUGUGGUUGGAGGAUAUGAUGGACAUACUUAUUUGAAUACUGUUGAGUCAUAUGAUGUACAGAACGAUGAAUGGAAAGAGGAAGUUCCCAUCAACAUUGGAAGAGCUGGUGCAUGUGUUGUGGUGGUGAAGCUGCCAUAAAGCUAUAUUUAUCCAUAGGAAGGAAACUGGUCAUUUCAAGAAAUGGAUUAGGAAGAAGAAAAGAAGAAACACUUUUUCCCCUUCAAUUAUUAAUCAAACAUGAACAUUGUUGUAUCAUUUUAAUAUGUAGUUAUAAUUGCUUUCAUUUCUGAAGUCAAAGGAACUUUUCUUUUUUUUUUUUCAAAGCAAGUUUUCAAACAUGAAUUACAUAUACCUGUUAAAUGUAUGUGUUGUUGCAGCUGAUAUUGUAAGUGGAAAUCCAAUAGUCUAGGUUUAGCCUCAUUAUUAAAAUGUUUAGGGUAAGUCAAUAGUGACCAAGGCAUGAAAGUUUGUAAAAUCAUUGGUAAUUUUUAGGUUAAGAAUAUGAGAAUUUAAAAACAUUUUCUAUUUCAAAAAUCAAAAGGUACUCCAUUUUCUGAAAUACAGUAUAAAUGAGAACAUCUCAAGCUUAAAACGUGAAGUCUAAUUUUCAGUAAGACAUCAUUCUCUUAUUCAAAAAUAUCACAAAUAGCUAAAUAAUACCUCAUAUGUACCAACAGGAAGGCUUUUACUGGGUUAGGGCUAAAAAAUAAUUCAUUUACAUAAUAUGUUAUGCUGAUCAUAGUAUGUUAAAAUUUUUACAGACUUACUCUUUUACACUGCCAUCUUGCAAAGCACACAUACAGAUUUGGAAUUCUUUAACAUAUUGGCUUAUUGAAUUUGUUACUUCAUAUAUACAACCCAUAUAAUAAAAUAGUAAAUAUUUAUCAUAUUGAUACAAACUGUGACCUCAGAUUCAGAGUGUCAGGGCCUCACUUGUAUAAAAAGUAGUAUUCUCAGGGCACCUGGGUGCUUCAGUUAAGCACCUGCCUUCAGCUCAAGUCAUGAUCCUGGAGUCCUGGGAUCCAGCCCCUUGUGGGGCUACCUGCUCAGCAGGAAGCCUGUUUCUCCCACUCCCCCUGC